UCAAGUACCUGUCAACACAAUGCAUUUAUUGUGUAAAGGUAAUGAGAUUUCUGAAUGUUUUUCUCUCACAAAGCAUCCGUUUAACCGGGGGGAGACAUGCUCAUAAAAAUGACGGAACACUAAUCAUCUCCGCAGUGAGUCUCAGCAGUUUUAUGAAAUAAGUUUGUCCCUCAUUACAUGCAGCAACCGGACUCCGAGAAUGACAUGUGUUGCCACUAGCAGGAUGGAGUGGCUGUUCCAGCGAUGCCAUAAAGAAGCUGUCUUUUUCUCUGGGUUUCGCUCAGUGCUGCUCAUGUCAUGUUUGCUCUUGGUCCUGUCCGUGUCCAUGUACCCCGGGUUGUGGUCCAUUGGGGUCCAGCUUCAUUCAGCCUUCACAGGGAGCUACGCACCAGGCCACCACUCCCUUCUUCUUAUCAACAGCCCCAACGAACUGGCAGCUAGAGACAUUGGCAGGGCGAUUAUGGAGAGGCAGCUGGCAGCCAGUAUCAACAUCCUCGCCAGGACCUCUACAAUGUACUACUGGAAGGGUGAAAUCCAAGAUGCAAGUGAAGUUCUGAUGCUGGUGAAAACAAAGACCUCCAGGAUCCAGCAGGUCAUGGAUUUUGUAAGAUCACCAGUCACCCCACAAGAUGGCACGAUUUAGUAGAGCUAACUUGGACCCAGGACAUCUGUUGGACAGCCAAUGGUCUGUCCAUCCCUACGCUAACCCAGAAGUCCUCAGCUUCCUGGUGGAGGACGGCAGUCUGGCUUACAUGAAGUGGAUGGAUGAAGCCAUUCCAGACGACUGAUACGUUUGUGAAAUCAAAGCAAACCUCAACAUGGACUGCAGCUGAACAUGGAAAAUGAGCCAUGUGUACAGGCUGAUGUUUGAAGGCUUUGGAUCGAAGGGUUCAGAAAGCAACACUAGUUCGAUACAUGACAUUUAUACUUUUUGUUGCUCUGACCUUGUCAUAGCAAAUUCCACUACUACUGUGGAUAUUUGAUUUCCACUUUAAAGUAUUUUGUGCUACAUUCUCAGAAGGAACUUACCUCUGUUUGACUGGACACCUCAAACAAACAUAUUCCAAGAUGACCAGUCAGUUUUAAGUCAGUUUGCAAAGUAUAUUAAUCUGGUAUUAACGAUAACAGUAUCUCAGCUUUGUGCUAAAGGAUUCUCAGUAAACUCAUUGGUUAAAUACACUCCAAGUUGUCUAGAUUUAUAAAAUAAUAUUGGUAUCAGUACAGGAAUCACCAGUCUGUAUCAUGCAUUUUAGUCCUCACUAUUCACUACAUCAAUGCCUUUUUGCAUGUACGUUGCUGAAGCGUUUAUACAGAUACUGUCUUCUAAAAGCAGUAAUCUUUGAAUAGUGGCAUUUGAUGAACCAUCUCCUCCUCUAGUUUAAUCACGUUUACAUUUAUAUUCUAUUUUAUUUGGUCUAGUUUUACUUAGAUAUUCUUUUAAGAUGACAUCUCUUUUCCUUUUAACAAACAUUGAGGUUUGCCUUACUGGUUUAUUGGUUUAAACGAUUAAUAUAAUAAUAGUGUUUCCUUUACUGGAAGGCGGCACACAACUGUCUGCCUUGAGAAAUAUAAUUGUAUUGAAAGGUGUGUCAUAAAAGAACAAUACUGCUGAAUUUCAGUACAACUCCAGGUUAGCCCUGUUUGUACCAAUAAAACAUGUAAUACCACCUUGUAGAACCUCAGAGAAAACUACACAGUACUACUGACGAUACAUUAACAAACAGAUGUGACUGACAACAUUUUGCGUUAUUGUACAUUUUGACAAUUUCUCUCCAUUGUUUUUAUCAUGAAUAUAUAAAA